GGUAAUUUAAUCAUAGUGAAGUUACAAAAUAUUUCCUCUGAGAUGUAGUGGAGUCUAGGUAUAAAGCUGGAUAAAAUAGUACCCAAGUGAAGCACAACUACCUGGAAUGUGUACCACAGUACCUGAGUAAUUGUACUCCGUUACAUUCCACCACUGGGGUUAACAGCACCGUUGACUCUGCACUCGACGCGCCCCCGUCCCUGCCUCUCUUUUUACGCGCCCCGCUGUGACUGCCGUGCGUGCUAAUCGCGCGUGGCCUGCCGGUGCCGUGUGCGUGUGUGGAUGGGGGCUGCCUGAGUGAGUGAGAGAGGGAGUGAGCGAGCUGCCGUGUGCUGUGGCUUAUCCUUGUCCUAUGCGGAUUUCGCCGCUGACUUGCUGCCCGAGCGGCUCGCCUCAUCCAGGGCUGGCCGGGAUUUAGACGUUGACGUUCCCAUUCAAAGGUUCGGAAAACACUGACUGUUCGGCUCCUCACUCCUGUUUUGCGGAUAAAGGUGCGGGUGGGAGAUAACUGUGGUUGCCCUGCUUUGCCCGUCCCGGUGGAGAGCAUAUUAUCGGUGACUUGGGGAGAUGGUAGCAGAGAGGCGAGGAUGCUCAGUGGACAAGGCAGGAGAUGAGUAAUGGGCAAGCCUUCGUGAGCUGUUACGGGGAAUCAGUAGACAAUGACAUCAAAGCUGGUGACGUUGGAGAAACCAGAAAAAGGGUGUCCUGCAACUCCUGACAGAGAAGAGGAGCCUUCAUUGCCAUAGAUACUGCUCCUCUCCACCUCCUCCUCCUCUUCCUCUUCCUCUGGUCCGUGUACCUCCCUUCAUCCCCUUACCUGUUAAACAUUUGUUUUUCGCUUUCUAUCCCUUCACAUCCUCCAUCGCCUGUCACCAUGACAACCUCAGCCUUGCGCCGGCAGGUGAAGAAUAUUGUCCACAACUAUUCAGAAGCAGAGAUCAAGGUUCGCGAGGCCACCUCAAAUGAUCCAUGGGGCCCGUCCUCAUCUCUCAUGUCAGAGAUCGCUGACUUGACCUUCAACGUGGUGGCGUUUGCUGAGGUCAUGGGCAUGGUGUGGAAACGCCUCAAUGACAGCGGCAAGAACUGGAGACACGUCUAUAAGGCCCUGACUCUGUUGGAUUACCUGCUGAAGACAGGAUCAGAGAGAGUGGCCCAACAGUGCCGUGAGAAUGCAUUCACCAUUCAGACGCUACGUGACUUCCAAUACGUGGACCGUGAUGGCAGAGACCAGGGGGCCAACGUGAGAGAAAAAGCACGUCAACUGGUGUGUCUCCUCCGUGACGAGGAGCGCCUUCGCCAGGAGAGGAGUCAGGCCCUAAAGACCAAGGAACGAAUGGCUGGGGGAGGCAGCGGAGGGGGCGGGGGUGUCUAUGGAGGUAUACCCCCAUCGUACCACCCAGGCAGGCGUACAAGCCAGCCCAGCAUGGCCGUGCUGUACGGGGAGGAGUUCAGCCGCUCCAGAGGCUCUCCGUCCUCCUUUAACUCCUCGUCCUCCUCUCCUCGCGCUGCCUCAGACUUGGAGCAGGCCCGACCUCAGACCAGCGGCGAAGAGGAGCUGCAGCUUCAGCUGGCCUUGGCCAUGAGCAGGGAAGAGAGUCAGAAGGAGCAGUGCUGUCGUCAGGGAGACGAGUCUCUCUUGCAGAAGACCCUGGAUGAGAGCAGGAGAGAGAGCCAGUCAGGGACACAGGAGUCAGCCAUGCUUGACCUGGUGGACAUAUUUGGCCCCUCUUCUGAGCCCCCACCCCCGCCUCAUGACCCUUGGAACUCUGCCCAACCCACCUGUGACAUCACGUCUGACCCCUGGGACUCUGUAGCGGUACAAGCCAGCACUCCUGUGAUAGGUAGCCCUUGGGCGGUCCCUCCCUCAUCCUCAAACGCAUCCAAUCCUUGGGCUUCAUGCCCCAACUCAUGCACAGACCCCUGGGAAGCAGCGCCUGUCUCCUCCAGCCCCGUCAAUCAUGUGUGGGACAGCCCAGAAGAUGGAGGUGGUGAUGGGACAGAUCUGUUCGCUACACAGGAGGAGGAGAAGCUUAAACAAGAAGUUACCCAAGUGUCUUCCCCUCAACCUGCUAGUCCCACGGAUGCAGAACUGUUUGGAGUAAAAGCGAACUCUGACCCAUUUGCUGAAGCAGAUUCCAAGUCAGAUCCAUUUGGGACUGACCCCUUGGUGAAACCCCAGAUAAACGGACAGGAGUCAGCCAGCCCAGAGAUGUUUGACCUUUCCCGGCUAGCACCCCCGCUCAGCGCCCCACCUACUCGUGUGUGUCGAACCCCAGAGGCCUUCCUGGGGCCUACAGGGGCCUCACUGGUCAAUUUAGAUGCUCUGAUACCUUCCAACCCACCUAGCAAGACGCACAACAACCCCUUCCUCUCAGGUCUGAGUGCUCCAUCUCCCACCAACCCCUUUCACUGCGACCAGCCCCGUCUCACCCUCAACCAAAUGCGGCCAUCAUCUACAUCUCCGCUGCCCCCACACAUGCUCUCCUACAGCCCGUCACUGCCCCUCCCGCUGCCCCACCAGCCACCCAUCCUCCCCUCCUCUCUCACACAACCUCCUGCCGGACUGCUGGACCUUCCCUCCAAUCUCCCACAGCCCCUACUCCCACUUUCUCCGCGACCGGCGCCACGCACUCAGUCACAGACACAAACACACAGCCACAACCCCUUCCUCUGAGUCAGCUGUGUGUUUCACAUUCUGGUCUGCAGAGGGAGAUGACAGAAUAGACUCUUUUUGGAUUCAUCUAUGCUGGUUACAAUGAGACGAGUUUAAUAUGAGCCUGAACUGGACUGUAGAACCUGGUCUGAUGUUAUUGUGCACACUUGAAGCGGAUCAAUCUUGGACUGGACGUAUGUGUGUCUAAAGACACAUGAGCUGCUAUAUAACCUGAACUCUUGAAGAAAAGCUUACUCACCCACACACACAGACACACACGCACACACACACACACUCAGGCGCACUUAAGGGUGCACAGAUAAGAACAUGAACACAUCACCAAAUUAACAGGGUGUAUAUCAAUAGUCCCUUCGAUGCCUUUUCCCCAUUAACAGCACCCUUUCACCACACAGACAGAACUGUUCCUUUAGAAGACUGGGAUGAAGCCACAUUGUCUGCAAAGAUUCACAAGGAUCCUUAUUGCUGCUGCUUCACCGACUAAAGCAUGAAUGCGUCCCACCACCCAAAGACUCCAAACUAUUCUACUCUGCUGAGCACCUGAGAUAAUUUCUUCAAAUAAAUCCUCUUUUUUUAAUGAGUCAAAUAGCUUCUUGAGCGUUAUUGGCACAAUUGAAUCACUGGAGAGGGCCCCAAAAGUGUCUUAGUGUGAGAUUCAGAAGUCAGCAUUAAGCACGGUUCAAGAACUAAUUGACUCAGGUAUCACCUCCUACAUCAACAUAAUGAUAUCUAUUUUGCAUUGCCUUGUUACCUUGCAAGUUUGAUGGCAUCUGGUUCUAAGUUAGUUGCGUUCUUUGUCAUUUAAUGCAAGUAGCCCCAACAGGAUCCAGGUGGUCUCAAAACUGGACUAAACCAGCCUAAGCUAGACCUUACUGUCUCAAUCUGGACCUAAACUGAUGACUGAUUGUACCCUUUCGGACCUGCGUGCCUGUCUCUGCAGCUGACCCGCAAUGCAUUCCCGGCUGGUCGAUAUUGGCGCUGUUGAGGAGGACCUCAGGGAGAAAGCUCUGUCCCUCCUCCAAUGAGAUUCAGCCUUAGUGAAUGGAAAGGUAUUUGUCUACAGAGAGAAACGACAGGGAGAUCAAUGACUUUAUUUCACAGGUGAACAUGAGAAUGAGAGGCGAAGAGAACACAGGAGUAGUAAAGCUGAAGGGGAAAUGAUUAUAGAUGUUUAAGUGACAUAUCGAGCAGUAGCUCUUUCUUCGGCUCCUCGUUCACUUCUGUGUUAGGAACAAGACGAGACGUUUGGUCAUCACUGCACUGAACCUUGACCUGAAUGUGAAACGCCUGCCUACAGAUACACACAGGCUUAGUACAUAUGUAUUUAACAGAGUGAUACCUAUAAAGUAUUAUGAAAUAUUCUACCAA